UAACCAUCGGGCCCGUAAAGCUACCAUCGCCAUUGGGGCGAUAUUUACAUUUAUAGCCGUUGCAUAUUCAACAUUUAAAACCGCUUGUAAAGGCAAUGAAUUAAUGUAUGAGCCUCGUCAUCUUAAUGCUGAUUCCCUUAUAGAAGAUAAUCCCAUAGUUCAUCAAAAUGAAAACAAUAGCCCAUGUUCUUAUGAAAAGAUGUCCAUGAACGAAAAAUGCUGUAAACAGACUACCAAUACACAUGAUGAUAAUCAAAAUUUUAAAGUUACAUAUAAUUACGAAUUUUUUCACUUCGUUUUUGCUAUUGCUACAAUGUAUGUUUCAAUGUUAUUAACAUAUUGGAAUACUAUUACCAUGACUGGAAAAGAAAAAUUGGUAACAGUAGGUCAUAGUGAUGUGAUCGUAUGGGUUAAGGUUUAUG